AUGGCUCCUAGCAAACAACAUCGAUACGAUAGCUCGCCUUCACCACGCGCAAGAGGGACUUUUAGUUCAAAGGAUAAUAAAACUGGGUCUGAUGGCGUGGGAUGGGGAACCAGGGCGGCGAGGACGCCUGUGGAUAAUUGGAUAAAGAGAAUCUUGGACGACGAGGGUAAUGAUGGGGAGGAUCCGAGUGUGGAUAUUGAGGGCGUUACACGAGACAUUGGAAAAUUGAGAGAAGAGGAAGCUAAUGGGACGGGUAGAGGUUGGGAUACGGAUCUUGAGUUUACGACUAGAAGUAUGGAUUUUAAUCACAGUCCGCGAUUGAAAACGGCGGGUAUACCGAGUAGGAUUGAGGAGAUUAUGGAAAAUGAGAGGAGUUUUGCUGAGGACGAUGAUGAGGAAGAGGAAGAUCGGGAAGCAAAUGUUGUCAAAGCUCAGGGAAAGCCGGCGACGAAAGAUAAAUUCGUCGUUAAACCUGAGAAUCAGAAUGGGUCGCAGACAACACGGGACGAGAAUGCGAUAAGGGAGACAGUUCGUGCUAAAUCACAAGAACGAAGAGAUCGUUUGCGAAAGGAAUUGAAAGAACGUCGCGAGGAGCGGAGACCAAUCACUUCAUAUGAGGCUGAAGAUAAUAAGAUUUCGCAGGAAAGGCAGGAAGGAGUAUUGCGAAAUAGGUUACCCAGGGAACGAAGAGCACGAAGUGGUGACUUUUCAAGAAAUAAUCCAGUUCAUGUCGAAAUUCCCAUACGCAGCCUGCAUAAUAAUAAAGAGAAUAUCAUGCCGCUGGAAGAGAAACCUCUUUCGCGGUUAGAAAGAAGGUUCCAGGGAGAAGACGGCCUCAAGGCGAUACAGAGAGCUCGCGAAAACAGAUUAAGGCACGAACACAACCAGAAAGUCGGAGAAGAUAAUGAAACACGACCAAGGAUUGAAAACAGCCGGAGGGCGUCAGAAAAUCUUGAGCCACGGUUUUUUGAACGAGCUGAGACCAACGGCGAAAUAGGUCAAAUGCACGAAAAAAACAUACUGGAGGAAGAAGGAGAAAUAAUACAUGGAACUCCUAUUACAGUAUUCAGCGGGAACGAGAGGCGCCCGAAUGGACCAAAUUCAAAACAAGAAGAUUCCCUUCAGAUUUUAAGGAAUCUCUCCAAAGCUAUUACAGGUACAAAUGGGAGCGGCGGCGACAGUACCGGUAGAUCUGAUAAUAAUCCGCAAGCUCGAAUAUUAUCAGAAAGAUCCCCAUCCGAACUCGAGCAUGCUUCCGAAAGGUUUAAUUCAACACCGACUCCACCUCCAUCCGCACCCAUCGACCCACUCCUGUUGCCCACCCCAAAAGUUACAGGUGGGUGGAUUGAGACCCCCGCACCACCGCGAAUGCGCACCAAUGGUAAAACCUCCAAAGACCAACCUCAGAUCAAAGAGGAACCUUCGUCACCUCGCAGCAACAAGAUCAAUCUCGAAACUGAUGAGAAUGGCAAACCACUCUCUCAUGAAGAGAAAGGAAAAAGACUAGAAGAGCUUGCAUUCCAUCGUAUGAAUCGAAGUUUAAAACAUACAACAAGCAGUAUACGUGAUGCCAGACAUGGUAUUGAAAGGUUGGAACAACAAGUUGCAUCUUCGGGUCCACAUUCGCAUUCCCCCAAAGAACUCGGGAUUCCGACCCCAAAGACUUCAUCCCGUCCCUUCUUCCUCGACACUCCACCAGACCCCCGCUUAAACCCGAAUGUACACUACCUUAUGAUUCCCAUUCCACGCCUCCGCUAUCCUGGAACCAAAAAAUUUACGUGGUUUGGUUUAUUUUUCACAAUAUUCAUAACUUGGUUUGUAGCCGAAUGGGCAAUGUGUGAAACGUAUUGCCAUCCCAAGUAUUCGAAUAAAGAUGUUUGGCACCCUUCAGAUCCGUUCUGGCCAUGGGCUAUCCCGACAAAAAUUGAUCAGUGGACGGGAAAGGUGGUUAGUGCGCGAAUGGAAGAUGUUUGGGAUUGGUGGCAGGGAUAUGAUGAAGAGAUAAGGAUUUGGAAGGAGGAGAUGGCCAAGAAGCAAGAGAUAAAAAUACCCAAGAUUGUAGAGGUAGGGGAUGAUGAAGCGGUGGAAGAGGUGGUAGAUAAGAGCUGGACUAAAGGCAGUGGAGAUAAAGGGGGAAGCAGUUGGUGGAGUUGGGAUAACGAUGAAGUUGUAUAG